GCUCACCAUGUUUCCCUCACUUUCCAAGCUUGUUCUAUACCCUCAUCUCCCUCGACAUGGCAGAUAAUCUUACGCUACACAUCUCGCAUCGCGGGACCACACAUUCACUCAACCUACCACCCUCAACGACCUGGCAUGAGCUGCAGACCGAGCUCGAAGGGCUGACAAGCGUCCCCCCUUCGAAUCAGAAGUUGCUGGGGAAGGGGGUGAAGAAGGGCGUUACGCCGAAUACCUCGCUAGCGGAUGUCGGUUUGAAGGAUGGCGCGAAGCUUCAGAUGCUGGGUUCGACCGCUGAAGAGCUCGGCGGGAUGCACGCUGUGGAAGACGAGAAGGCACGGCGGGAGCGCAUCAUGCGCGAGCGCGAGCUCAAGCGGCCUGUAUCAGUCCGCAACACCUCCACCGCCUCCGCCUCCAACCUCUCCUACCGCUUCCACCAAAUCGCACCUCUCCCCCACCUCCCACGGCUCGAUACCGCGCGCGCCCUCCUCCAGCGCCUCGCCGACGACCCCGCCAUCCGGCACGUCAUGCAGCGCCAUCGCUUCGCGGUCGGGCUGCUCACCGAGCUCGCGCCGCACGAGCACCCUAAUCUCCUGGGUUUGAACGUGAACAGGGGUCAGGAGAUCAAGUUGAGGAUACGGACGGAUCGGUACGAUGGGUUCAGGCUGUAUUCAGACAUCCGACGUGUGCUGUGCCAUGAGCUGUCGCAUAAUGUGCAUGGUGAUCAUGAUAAUGAUUUCAAAGAACUCAAUUCCCUUCUUAACCGCGAAGUUGCUCAAUUCGAGACAUCUCGUGCAGACGGCGCACAUCGUCUCGGUGGCGCAGGGGACUUUUACCAGCCUUCGUCGGAGCUGGAGGCCGAAGCCCAAGCCUACGUGCUUGGUGGGAAGACCGGGACCUCCACACCACUACCGAAUGAGACGCCGGAGCAGCGUCGCGAGAGGAUGCUGCAGGCCACCAUGUCACGGUUGAAGAAGGAGGAAGAGGAGCUGGAGCGAAGUUGUGGGACGACGGGCUCGUCAAGUUGAACCCUAUUGCGCUUGCAUAGAAGGGCUGUAGACCACAUACCAUACCAUACCAUACUUUUUCAUUGGAUAACUGAUGGACUCGAGCUGUAUAUCUUUCUUACUGUGGCCGUGAGGCUCGGUAGCGCCGUGCCCAUUUUGUGGCAACGACGUCAGUGAACUGUGAACAUGCCCACCGGGGAACCGGCCCGAAUGCCC